AUGCUGAAAUGUUAUUCAACUCUUCAUUGUUUUACGAACUUCCAGUUCUUUCUAUCUACGACCGCGCUUAACUCUCUGGGUCCACGAUUCCAUAUUAUCAUAAGGAUAUUGGUGAUUCGCUCACCUAUGAAGUCACACAGGAGGCUAAGCGACACAUCAGUAUUCUCAACUUGUUCUGCCCAAUUCCUCUUGAAGGAGUUCCGACCAUCUUGUAAAUUCUUUAGUUCGUCGGUGUCUCUGACUUAA